GAUCGCUGGGGCUACCCUAGUUCAGGCCAGGAUAUUAAGUAGUUGAGAGGUACUACCAGCAGAGCGUUUCUAGCUUUGCGCAAUCUAUUCGAUAACAGGCAUUGUGGGUUUAUUUCGCAAUUUAUUCUUCUGGUAUUUCUGUUUCGAGAAGAUAUUACCGGUUCGCAAACCUCUAAACGCAGGACACACAGUAGAAAUCAAAUAGGACAUGAACUUAAAAUGGCGGGCCGUAUUUCUCCACGCGGAAACUGAAGUAGAUUCGCCGUUAUUCACUAGCACGAUUUCGGAAGAUCAUCGACAAGACUCGGACCAGCAAUUUGAGAAAGCGUUCUCUACCACCAGGCUCACACAAGAAAAGCAUCUACCAUGGCGACGUCGAGCAGUAGCAGUGUCGUCGCUCCGCCCCAAGUCGCGACGUUCCAACGAAUACGAACCCUGUGGCCGAUAUGGGAGUGUCAGGAUUGAAAUCGACAAAGUUGAAAUAACUUGUAAUGCAUAAAAUCGAUCCCAGUUGGAAGCCCAAUUUUCAAGCGGUGCAUGACAAAUUUCGGGGCCGUCUAAAUCCAGUUUGUCAUGCUGUUUAGGGAGAAAAGGUUUCUUUUGUCAUGCUACAUUAGCAGCUCUGCCGUAGACCCCAAGCAGGCUGACAGUCGGCCUCACUUGCCGCCCCUGCAAGAGAGGCACUUCUUGCCUUGCAAUUUACGCAUGAGAAAGAGAAACUAUUUCAACUUUGACGAUUUCAAUCCUGACGCAUCCAUAGCCGAGUGCGCAGCUGACGGACGACGAAAUGUUCAAACUCGCGCACCAAAUGGAGCACGGCCCCAUCAUAUGAAAUGUAAAAAUGUCUGGGUCUGGAAGAUUCUGACACUUGUCAUGCACGUUUUGCAUGAGCCAUGAUGUCUGUGAUGCAUACCCUAGCAAUACGGAUUUUUUGACGGCUUCUUGAUGCCUAUUCCGCAUGACAAAUGCCUUCUCAGCGUAGCAAAAAUUGCAUUCCUUUUGGUACUCAUGCAAUGCAGAUUUUUCUGGAAUCCAAAUGCAGCAUCACAAGUUGCAUUCUUCCAGACCCAGACAUUUUUACAUUUGAUACAUCAUUUCCCCGCCGCAGGGCCGGUACGAGUGGAACCAGGCAACCGGGGGCGGCGUGCUGAUCACGUUUCCCUCCUACAUCGAGAAGUGCUGCAACGUGCACUGGAAGGUGGAGUGGUUGCGGGUGCAGCAGAAGGAAGGGUGCAAGUUCCAGGGACACAGCUCGGACCUGGGCCCCCACCCGGACACGGGUGUAGAGGACCCGGACAAGGAGGAGUGGACGGCGAAUUUCCGCAUCCAACCGCACCGCCUGGGCUACAUGCGGAGGAAAGCGGGCGAGGACGUGAUGAUAGAGCUCAACUACCCCGGCCGCUUCAACGUGGAGGCGUGGCUGAUUCACAAAGACAACGACAAAGUGGUCACACCCGUCACGAGCCGCUUGUACGAGGUGGUCAACAUUGGCGGAAGACAGGCCGCGGCAGCCGGGUAGAAAUCAUCAGAUCGUCGCAUUUGAUCUGAUGAGCCUGCUGUUUUGUAAGUAGAUCCUACAAUACUCAAUUUUUUAGCAAGUAUUUGCGAAAAAAAAUUGGAGGCUUUUGUACAUCUGCGCAACACGUGGUUUUGAUAGAUGAUCCCACACUGAUUCACGGACGGGACUGCAGUCAUUGACAAAGGAUGAAGCUGCCGACAAUUAUUCACGGGCGGAAAAUAGAAGUGAAAAAGAUACGAGUAAGUCGUGCGCUUUAAUGAAUUUAUCGGGGAGUUAUGUCUUCUCCUGUAGCGACACAGCAAUAAAAUCCAUGCAAAC